CCCACCCCUGCUAAGAUCUCUAGCUGCUGCCAAAGAGUCUGGAUCUCUUGCAGCUCAGGAACAGCUAAGAGCAGAGGGGAUGUUAGCAAUGGAUUAGUGCAGGGGAAGAGCUGCCUGGUUUCACUAACAGCCACAGCUGAUGAUGCAUAAGGAAUAUCCUCUAACAGCAGGCUGAAUUUUGCCUUUCCCACCCCUGGGUCUGAAGCUGCCGGUUCUGCUUGGAGCAGGUUAUUUCAAAGCAUAGCACUUACAGCCAGGAAAGAAGCUUACGAGGAAGACGUGACCCAGAGACAUGCUUAGCUGGGUUCCCCAGUCCCAGUCCGUCUCCCAGAGGCUUAAGACACUUCUGUACUUGCAGCACAGGAGCAGGAAUCAGGAACAGAGCACAGCCCGGCGAGACGCCAUCCUGAAGAUGCUGGCGGGCCUGCUGGACAGCGUGGAUGUGGGGCGCGAGGCGGCGUCCCCUGACAUUGAAGAGGAGGGCAAGCUGGAGGAGGAGCGGGCGGUGCUGGGGAGGCUCACCCAGCUAUCACAGCGGGACCGCAAGGCCCCCUGCAAGAACUUCUUCUGGAAAACCUUCACCUCCUGCUAGUGCCACCCGGCCUGACCCCGCCGGGCCGCCUGCCCACCAACACCCUCCCCUUCCCUCAGCUGCCCGGCCCGUGAGCUCCCUCCCUUUUUUUCCUCACCCCUGACAAUAAAGCAUGGCGCC